GUGAAACAGAUAGAGAAGAGAGAUUCAGUUCUAACAUCCAAAAAUCAGAUUGAAAGAUUGACCCGUCCUGGUUCUUCCUACUUCAAUUUGAACCCAUUUGAGGACCUUCCUCUGGCCUUGAAUACCAAGUAAAUAAAUACUAGGUGCACUGUUGAAUCCAUGGACUACACUGUGAAAUCAUCUGCUUUAAUUGUAUAUAACAUUCCCUUCCCCCAAAGCACUUAUUAUAUGGUUCUUCAGAUCGAUCCUGAAGUGACAGAUGAAGAAAUAAAAAAGAGGUUUCGACAGUUAUCCAUAUUGGUGCACCCUGACAAAAACCAAGACGAUGCUGACAGAGCACAAAAGGCUUUUGAAGCUGUGGACAAAGCUUACAAGUUGCUACUGGAUCAGGAACAAAAGAAGAGGGCCCUGGAUGUAAUUCAGGCAGGAAAAGAAUACGUGGAACACACUGUAAAAGAGAGAAAAAAGCAAUUAAAGAAGGAAGGAAAACCUACAAAUGUGGAGGAAGAUGACCCUGAGCUGUUCAAACAAGCAGUAUAUAAACAGACCAUGAAACUCUUUGCCGAGCUGGAAAUUAAAAGGAAAGAGAGAGAAGCCAAAGAGAUGCAUGAAAGGAAGCGACAAAGGGAAGAAGAGAUUGAAGCUCAAGAAAAAGCCAAACGAGAAAGGGAGUGGCAGAAAAACUUUGAGGAAAGUCGAGAUGGUCGUGUGGACAGCUGGCGAAACUUCCAAGCAAAUACAAAGGGCAAGAAAGAGAAGAAAAAUCGGACCUUCCUGAGACCACCGAAAGUAAAAAUGGAGCAGCGUGAGUGACCAGCUGGGCUCACCGCCACAGAACCUUCCCCCAGCGUCUCCCCUCCUGCUUCGAAGGACUCAUUCUUUCCUCCCAUUGCCACCCCAACAUAGAGUAGUAGUUGCUUUUCGUCCAUUUUGUUUUCAAUACAAUUUAAUAUCAAUCAGAGUAAUUCUUUUGUACAUUGAAAUGAGGGGCUCAGUUAAAAAUGAAACCUUCCCCCACCCCCUACCCCUAGAUCAACCAGGAUUGGAAGGUGCCACUGUGAGUGUUACCUUCUCUUCCCACAGCCUGUAACUUAAUGUUUUGUACUUCACUGAAUUGUGAUGGUUAGAAACUUCGUGUAUAGUUUGUGGAAAUUAUCCAAUUAAACAUAUUGCUUAAAA